AUGUUGCUGCACCAUUCGUAUCGUAAUCGAUACACUCACUAUAGAAAUGCGUACCCUGGAAAGACAGACUAUGUAUACAGUGCUUACAUUGCCACUCUUUUGAGCUGUUUUUUUUUCCUGGCAUUCGCGUGCAAAGAGAAAAGCAAUAAAGGUAGAUUGCCAGUCGACGGUUUUCUGUUUGGACGAAGAAGAACCAAUGAUAAUGAAGCAUCAAAGAAAAAGCAUAUUGGUUUUCGGGAUCGAAAGUUCAUUGCAUAUGAAAAUCGUAUUCGGGCCUACUCCACGCCAGAUAAGAUCUUUCGGUACUUCGCAACACUUAAAAGCGUUGAAGAAGACAAUGAAACAGUUUAUAUGACUCCUGAAGAUUUCCUGCGCUCAAUCACUCCAGGUAUUAAACAGCCUGAUGGUUUGGACCUUGAUUCAUUCAAGCGAUAUGACCCGAAGACUGGAAUGGUUUACUUCCAAAACAAGGCUGAGAAAUUGCAUUUAGAUAUACCAAAAGAGUCAGUGUUUUAUCGACUUUGUGAUCAAGCUUUAAUCACAUUUACUGACUUCAUAUUUCUACUAACUGUACUGUCUACUCCUCGUCGACAAUUUGAAAUAGCUUUUCGUAUGUUUGACAUCAAUGGUGAUGGGGAACUGGAUAGUGACGAGUUUGAAGUUGUACGUUCUGUUAUUAUGGGAACAACUUCUGUGGGUCGUCGUCAUCGUGAUCAUUCAACGACCGGAUGCAUCUUAAAACCGGGUGGCAAUAGUGCUUUGAAACGCUAUUUCUUUGGUCCGAAUGGUGAUCAAAAACUACCAAUUAGUAAAUUUCUCAAAUUCCAUUCUGAUUUACAAGAGGAGAUUAUUCAUUUAGAAUUUGAAAGAUCUGAACCGAAAGACGGCAAAAUAACUGAGGUUCAGUUUGCUAAUUCACUACUUGCAUAUGCUGGAUUUUCUGAGAAUAAAAGGCGUAAAAUGAUACGUCGAGUGAAAACAAAAUUUCCUCCGGAUUCUGACCAGUCUACUGGCAUUACCUAUCAAGACUUUUUUGAUUUCAGUCAACUACUUCGAAGUAUUGCAGAUGUGGAUACUGCACUAACAUUUUAUCACAUGGCAGGUGCGUCUAUAGAUCAAGAUACUUUGAAUCAUGUCGCUUUAACGGUAGCAAAUAUUCACUUAUCACCACAUGUAGUAGAUGUUGUUUUCACCUUAUUCGAUGAAAACGAUGAUGGACAACUUAGCUAUAAAGAGUUUGUUGGUGUGAUGCGCCACAGACUUUUACGAGGUUUGGAUAAACCCAUGGAUACUGGUUUUAUUCGGCUAGUCAGUGCUGUACUUCGAUGCACGAAAGAACAACUACAUUCUGCUCACCGAGGGAUUUAA